GGCAGGUGAGAGAUUGACGUCAGGUCGGAUGUAAACAGCCGUGCAAUAAACCUGCUCCUUUGCUCUACCGGAAUACAUCGCUGUUUGAGGAUUGCUCAUAGAAAGUGAGCAAAAAUCCAGGAUGGUGAUAAAAUGAUGACUGGACGGAGAGAGCAGUCUGUUGAAGGGAUCGUCCUCCAACGCCAGACGGUGAAAUAACAUAAACUUCCACACAACAACCGGAAAUGGCGAGUGAUCGGGUGGCCAUCCUUACGGAUGAUGAGGAGGACCAGAAAAGGAAAUAUGUUCUGUCUGAACCAUUUAACACUCUGUCCCUGGGGCAGGUGGCAAACACUACACCAUCCGGUCAAACAGCACCGCCUGCCCCCACUGACACACACCCUUCUCAGCCCUCUCAGAAUAUGGACUGCACAGAGAGGUGCUGUGUGCGAAUAGACAAUCAUCUCUUGAUUUCCAAGGUCUUCUACUUCUUCUUUUACUCCGCAUAUGGCUCUUUACACCCCCUGCUUGCUGUGUACUACAAGCAGCUGGGAAUGACACCCAGCCAAAGUGGCCUGCUAGUUGGGAUCCGUUAUUUUAUAGAGUUCUGCAGUGCGCCUUUCUGGGGAGUAGUGGCGGACCGCUACAAGAAAGGGAAGGCGGUGUUGCUGUUUUCUGUACUCUGCUGGGUGUUCUUUAACUGCGGUAUCGGCUUUGUCAAGCCAGCAGCUAUGACCUGUGUCAGUAAGGACCCUACUGUUGCGACACCAAGCAAUUUGACAAACUAUACGCAAACUAGUAACCAUACCAGACAAAGAAGAUACUUGAUUGAGGAUGUGUACUCUGCUCCUCCGCUUUCUCAGCCAAUAUUAGCAGCAUAUGGACCUCACUCUAGAUACAUUCGAAGUGCAAAUGUGAAUACCACAAGCACUCCCUCUGGAAACUCCACAGAGAAUCCUGUCGGCAUUACUAUGCUGUCUAACUCGUCAACAGCGUCGCCCCGUACCUCGACAGUAACAUCAAAAUCUACCUCGACAAUUGAAACACAAGCUACCACUGCCAAACUCAAAGAGUAUUUCAUAGUUUUUAAUAAGGAACAAGUAGAUACGAUAUUUCUCUUGAUCCUCUUGGUCAUUAUCAUUGGUGAGUUCUUCAGCGCCCCGGCUGUGACCAUUGUGGACACCGUCACUCUUCAGUACUUGGGACAACACCGAGAUCGUUAUGGACUCCAGAGAAUGUGGGGAUCUCUGGGAUGGGGUAUCGCUAUGCUGUCAGUGGGCAUUUGGAUCGACCACACGCACAUCACUAUCUUCAUCCAGGGCUCGGGUUGUGUCCUGCCCAUCUACAAGAACUACCAAAUUGCGUUCAUCGUUUUUGGAGUCCUGAUGAUGUCAGCGCUGAUAGUGGCGACGCAGUUCCACUUUGACAACAGGGUUUAUCAGUCAGAUGAGGAAGAGGACAAGAAGGAGGAUGUGGAAAUACCUCAAGUCGUUCAGGAAGUCUCGUCUCCAGAGUCCAGCCCAGAUGAUGCACCCAUUUGCCCAGAAAGCAACCCGCAACCUUUUCCCUUCAAAGAUCUCUUCCGGACCAUUUGUGGCAUCCGGUAUGGUACGGUUCUCUUUGUGGCCUGGUUCAUGGGGUUUGGUUACGGUUUCGUGUUCACCUUCCUCUAUUGGCAUCUGGAGGACCUGAAGGGCACCACCACUCUCUUUGGCAUCUGCUCGGUGCUCAGUCACGUGUCUGAGCUGGCCGCUUAUUUCAUCAGCCACAAACUCAUUGAGCUUGUUGGACACAUCAGAGUCCUUUAUAUCGGACUGGCCUGUAACACCGCACGCUAUCUGUACAUCUCCUACCUAGAGAAUGCAUGGAUAGUUUUACCCAUGGAAGUACUUCAAGGUUUGACACAUGCAGCAGUGUGGGCGGCAUGCAUCUCGUAUUUGAGUGCUGCUGUUCCUCCAGCUCUGCGCACGUCGGCUCAGGGGAUCCUGCAGGGGCUGCACCUGGGGCUGGGGAGAGGCUGUGGAGCCAUGCUAGGAGGGGUUUUUGUGAACUACUUCGGUGCUGCAGAAACCUUCAGAGGCCUCGGAAUGGCCUCUCUGGUCACAUUACUCAUCUUCUCUCUGAUACAGUGGCUGUUUGGUCAGAACGAGGAUAAAAAGGGCUCGAUGUUGGCUGAGAACAUCCCAGUUCCCUCCAGCCCAGUGCCUAUCGCCACUAUUGACUUAGUCCAGAACCAAUCCGCAUCUCAGCCAAACCCCGAAUCAAAGACGCCUCCUAAGAAAACCAGGCAUCAGGAAGAGCAAGAAGAUGCCAACAAGCCGGCCUGGGUGGUCUCUGCUUCCCCCUGGGUCACCAUCGCUUUCGCCCUCUAUCAGAUCAGAGAUAGGGUCACUUUGUCAAAGAAAGACCCCUGUGGUGAAAGUCAAGCCCCGCAGGAGACAAAUGAGCAAACCUCAGCGAUGCCACCUGCUGAUGAAUCCACAUCUUCGCAACCCGAUACAUUAAGUCCAGCAGAAUAUCUCUCCCAAGGACCUACUACCAGUGCAUUCAUUCCUCUAAACACACAUCCUGUCCGUCCUGUGGAAGAACCGUCUCCAUCUGCAGGGAGAAACGAACCAGUAGAGAACUCGGCACCAUUGCCAGGGCACUCCAAACAGCAGCCUCCGAAAGCACAACCACAAUCCAAAAUCAACUGAACCUGUUUGGGAUAUAGCCUUAUGAUUUAGAGACAUGUUACGGGGUGUGAAAAGUGACAGCUGACUUUGGACCAAAAAAUAUGUUGACCUACAAGGUGUUCUACUUUAGCGAGGGAUUUGUUUUCCGAGGCGAUAAAAUCAAUAUGCUUUGCACUGCCACAGUUGAUGUCUUGCCUUAGUCACAAAGGGCCUGCGAGUCUCUGUACAGAAUGCUUGAAGGUCAGUGUCUAUGAGGAGAUCUGCACAUUACUGAGCGUUUAAUGCUUAUAAUCCAACAGCUGAGGUCCUUCAGUGUAAUAUACAUGGGACUUUGCAAUAGAGAAGCAUAGUUGCUUUGCACUCUGUAUGUUAUUUUGCUAAUCGUGCUUCCAUAUUUCUUGUGACCAAAUUUAAAUAUAAAAGCAUCUACUCUGUAUAUAAUAAAAUAUGUAAAAGCCAUGCUGUGUUCUGUUAAAUAUACGCAGUUAUGCAUAAAACCAAGAGUAUAGUAGCUAUUACAAACCAUCAAAAGGUAUUGAUUUGCACUAUAUGGUGUCUGAAACCAUCUGCCUCGCAGCUUUGUGUAUAAGUGACCUCUGCUUAUGUUUACAUAUGAUGAAACAAUACAAUAUUCUGGUUGAGAAUUUAGCCAUUUGUCUUUUUGUAUUAAAUUAGAUGGCAAUAUAAAAGACUGUAAAAACUUGAAAUGUUUAUAAUAACAUACAUUCUUCAGAUAAAAGUUCAAUAAAAAGGAAAGAAUUGAAAUGGAAGCAUGUAGAUAUGUAAACCCGCAUGAGUUGAUGCACCAUCCACUCAGAUAUCGGCCCUCCAAGACUAGGAUUGGACAUCCCUGCACUAAAGGUCAUGGUGAUUGAAAAUAAUAAUAAUAUAUAUAUAUAUAUCAGAUGGGAGGAAAAAAUAUUUUAGUGCUUUUGUGCUCCCAAAGAACCUUUGCAUUCUCCCAAAAACACAAAGUUUCUGGGGGGGGGAAUACAAACAUUUUGCCAAUGAAAAAGGUUCUAGGGAGAACGCCAAAAUUUACGUAAAAGCAGAAGCUUUUUAAUCACAAUGUCCCUUGAGGUUUCCUAUCAUUUUAUCAUUUGUGAGCUCCAAAAACGAC